AUGGAAAACUUUGGGUGGAAAAAUUAAUAAUAAACAUCACUAGUAAAGAAUUAAUCAAGUAAUAGAAAUUUAUUUAAAAGAGAAUAGAAAAAAGAUAAGUAAUUAAGAAGAUUGUUAAAAUAAUUAGUUGAAAAUCAAUAAGCGAAAUAAAAUAUAGCAAAUACUUUAAAUAUAUUUGAAGAAGCUUUAUAAUAUUAUGAUUUUGCAAUUUAAAGAAAUCUAGAAAAUGCAGCUGUAGAGAACAAUAAAACUAAAAUUUAAUAAUAAAAAAAUUAAGAUCUAUUAGCAGAAGCCUAUUGUAUUAGGAAUAGGCAAUUUAUUUAAAUCCUCAAAAUGAUAAAUUUUUUUGCAAAAAAGGUAAAAUAAAUUUAAUAUUGGAAUUAAGCAAACUUGUUGUACCUAUUAAAUUAAUUUGAAGAAGCUUUAUAAAAUUAUGAUUACGCAAUUAAAAGAAAUCCUUAAAAUGCUAAAAUUUAUAAUAAUAAAGGUAAAAUAAAUUUAACAAAACAAUUAAGCAAAUACUUUUACUUAGUUAAAUCGAUUUAAAGAAGCCUUAUAAUGUUACGAUUAAGCAAUUUAAAUAAAUCAUCAAGAUGACUAAUUUUAUUUUAAUAAAGGUAAAAUUAAAUAUAUUAAAAAAAUAUAGCAUUAGUAUUAAACAAAGUAAAUAGAUUUGAAGAAGCAUUAUAAUAUUUUGAUUAAGCAAUAUAAAUAAAUCCUCAAGAUUCUUCAUAUUAUUUUAAUAGAGGUAAAAUUAAACCAAGAAUUAAAUAUAGCAAAUACAUUAAACAAAUUAAAUCGCUUUGGAGAAGCUUUAUAAUAUUAUGAUUAUGCAAUUUAAAAAAAUCCUGAAAUUGAGAAUAUUUAUUUUUAUAAAGGUGAUAUAUAAAUUUAAUAAUGGAAUUUAGCUAAUACAUUAGUAUAGUUAAACCGUUUUGAAGAAGCUUUAUAAUAUUAUGAUUAUGCAAUUUAAAAAAAUCCUGAAAAUGCUGAUAUAUAUAACAAUAAAGGUAAAAUAAAUUUAAUAUUACCUUUAAGCAAAUACGUUAGUAUAGUUAAAUCGAUUUGAAGAAGCUUUAUAAUACUAUGAUUAUGCAAUUUAAAAAAAUCCUGAAAAUGCUGAUAUAUAUAACAAUAUAGGUAAAAAAAAUUUACUAAAAAAAUAAAGCAAUGCCGUUAACCUAAUUAAAUAGAAUUAAAGAAGCUUUGUAAUAUUGUGAUUGGGCGAUAUAAAAAUAUCCUCAAUAAGCUCUCUUUCAUUUCACUAAAGGUAAAAUUAACGAAAAAUACAUAUAGCAAAUACAUUAAAAAAAUAAAAUCGAUUUGAAGAAGCUUUAUAUUAUUAUGAUAAUGCAAUUAAAUAUAAUCCUGAAAAUGCUUAUUCCUAUCAUAACAAAGGCAAAAUAUAUUAAUAAUUAGUUUAAGCAAAUACUUUAACAUAAUUAAAUCAUCUUUAAGAAGCUUUAUAAUAUUAUGAUUAUGAAAUUUAAAAAAAUCCUGAAAAUGCUCUUUUUUAUAAUCAUAAAGGUAAAAUAAAUUUUAUAAUAUAAUAUAGGUGAUACAUUAGUAUAAUUAAAUCAAUUUGAAGAUGCCUUAUAAUAUUAUGAUAAUGCGAUUUAAAAAAAUCCUGAAAAUGCUGAUUUCUAUAAUAAGAAAGGUAAAAUACAUUUAAUAAUACCUUUAAGCAAAUACGUUAGCAUAGUUAAAUCGAUUUAAAGAAGCUUUUUAAUAUUAUGAUGAUGCAAUUUAAAAAAAUCCUGAAAAUGCUGAUAUAUAUAACAAUAAAGGUAAAAAAAAUUUAACAAAACAAAAAAGCAAAUACUUUAACAUAGUUAAAUCGUUUUGAAGAAGCUUUAUAAUAUUAUGAAUUUGCAAUUUAAAAAAAUCCUGAAGGGGCUGGUAUAUAUUUUAAUAAGGGUAAAAUAAUUUUAAUAAGACAAUUAAGCAAUUACAUUAGAAAAGUUAAAUCUACUUGAAGAAGCUUUAUAAUUUUAUGAUUAUGCAAUUUAAAUAGCACCUCAAGAAUCUUCAUAUUAUUUAAAUACAGGUAAAAGUUAAUGAAAAUAAAAUUUAGCAAAUUUAUUAGCCAAUCAAAACCGAUUUGAAGAAGCCUUAUAGUAUUAUGAUAGUGCAAUUUAAUGUAACCCAGAAAAUGCUGAUUUCUUUCAUAAUAAAGGUAAAAUAAAAAUUUAAUAAUAAAAUUUAGCAAUUUUAUUAUUAAAAUUAAAUCAGUUUGAAGAAGCUUUAUUGUGUUUUGAUAAUUCAAUUUAAAUAUAUUGUAAUGAUAUUUUUUUUAGUUACAAUUAAGCAAUUGUAGAAGAAAAGUUUAAUCGAUUUGAAGAAACUUUAUACUAUUAGGGUUAUGCAAUUUAUAAAAAUCUUUAAAAUAAAAAUCAUGAGGAUGGAAAACAAAUUGAAUCAGUUUUAAAUAAAAACUCAAUAUAUUUAUCAUUCGAUAAUUCCUAUUAAUAAAUUUGA